AUGAACCCCCCCUCAAGCGAGGCUGCCACAAUCCUCCUGGAGCCAGAAAAGGCCGUAAUGGUCGGGCUGCUGCGCGACGCCAGCAUCCUCCACUUCGCCGGCCACGGCCAGUCCGACACCUACGACCCGCUCAAGAGCGCGCUCCUGCUGCGCGACUGGCGGGAGACGCCCUUUACGAUCGCCGACCUGGCCGGGUUCCAGCACGUCAUCGGCUCGCUGUGGGAGGUGUCGGACAGCCACUGCGUCGGCGUCGCCCGUAGCGUCUACGCCGAGCUCGCCCGGGGCGGCCUCGGCUCGGACAGGGCCGUGGUCCGCGGCCUGCGCAACGGCGUGUGGAGCGUGCGCCAGUCCAAGAGGCAGCGCGAUGACGUCGUCUCCGGCGCCGCCGGCGCCGCGGCGAGCACCAGGGACGGACACUCUGUCUCGGACCGCGCCGCGAGGCGUAAGCUUUGGUACGGGGGCGAUCCGAGGGUCUGGGCUGCGUAUAUCCACAUGGGUCCUUGA